AGGAUCAGCUUGAUCUUCACGACAUCGCUUAAGAUAGGCCGCUAGGAGGCUACCUACACAUUUUCAGGAAGAUUAAGACUCAUAGGUAUGUGUUGGAGGAGCUGAAGAUCAGGACAAGAAAUAGACCUAAUAACAUAAGUAAGAGCAACAAUUUUUACAUAUCUUCACCUCCAUGAUAGUACUAUGUAAUAUUCAUUGAAUGAUAUAUAUUCGAGAACUUAGUACUACAACGAAGUAGGAACUACAUUCCAUCAGCACUCCUAAAAGCAACAAAAUGACGAUGAAAUUGACGCCCGUAGAGGCGGCUCAGUUUGCUAGUAAGGGUCAUGGCUUGGAAGGUUCUUCAGCUUCUGGAGGAUCCUUUAGACCCGAUCCCUUGCCCAAGGUUUGGUCCGUCAACGAGAAAAAAUUCACACGUUAUUUGCGGAAACGAAAGUACUUACUAGUACACUUCUCGUACAUGAUUAUUUCUAGUAGUGGUGCACGUCGUUAGUAGUGCAAGCGGAUGAGCAUGAGGGGCGGCAACGGCAAGUUUGUAGUUACAUUUCAUCUGUACUUCGGUAAAAAUUAUAGUAAUCCCCCCUAUUUACCGCGGAAGCGCACGUAUUUACUAAAAAUAAGUUACAGUUAUAUUAUACUCGUAUGUAGACAUCUUACACCCUCAUCGAACAAAACAUCAGAGAACGGCCACUAGAGGAUCCCCGUUUGAUUCCCGUGGAACAGAAGUUUGCAGGCGCUUUGUUUGGGAAAAAUCGGGAACGCAUAAAAAAAGUGGAGGAAAAAUUCGAGGUGAAAAUCGAAGUGGAUGAGAAUGGGCCACCUGUUGUUAUGGGACUAGUAUUUGGUCUGAUUAGCUGUAGCAAAAGCAAUUAUAGCUUAGUAGCCGAAGUUGUAGUGUUCUUGUUACCACAUUAGGAUUACCUCUCUACUUAAUAAAGCUCUUACAACUUGGAGAAGUAGUAGUGUUGUUACCACAUUAGCAUUACCUCUCUUAAUAAAGCUCUUACAACUUGGAGAAGUAGUAGUGUUGUUACCACAUUAGCAUUACCUCUCUUAAUAAAGCUCUUACAACUUGGAGAAGUAGUAGUGUUGUUACCACAUUAGCAUUACCUCUCUUAAUAAAGCUCUUACAACUUGGAGAAGUAGUAGUGUUGUUACCACAUUAGCUUUAGCAUUACCUCUCUUAAUAAAGCUCUUACAACUUGGAGAAGUAGUAGUGUUGUUACCACAUUAGCAUUACCUCUCUUAAUAAAGCUCUUACAACUUGGAGAAGUAGUAGUGUUGUUACCACGUUACGUCUCUUAAAACUUCUACUUGGAAGAUGAGCUGGCACUUCUAGACAGGAGUCAACUUCUUUACUUUCCUUGCAUAUCCUUGUACGACGAGAACGAGAUCCUUAUUUACUCAUCGUCCGAGAACACCUACAGCUACACCAACCCUUCUAUUUUUUCAUACCAUGCGCCAGCAAGACUUCUUCCCCACUGGAAUCGCCUGGGGAUGAUCUCCAGCCAAAGGGGUCAAUGAUUUACUUGCGAAUCAGUGGCGGUUCAGAACUCGACAUCCCGGUCAUCGCACAUUAUGGCCACCAUGAUGAAUCACAAUUUUCCAGCAUUUGUUUAACUGAUUAACGAAGUACUCAAUAAAAUGAUUUUUUAGAAUCUAGAAAGAUGCGUUGCAGUUACAUAUGCAAUCCUUCCUUCGUCUACUGUGAGCUCCGUUGAGUUGUGGUGGAAAAACUGCCGAAAAAGUGUGCUUAGUUGAGAACCGUGUCAUUCUUCACUACUUUCAACCAUGCUUACUAGGAAAGUAGAUUGAAAGUAAAAAUGAUAACGAGCCUCGUGUUCUUCUAACCAGAGGAGUUUACGUAUGCCGAGGAGAGUGUGAAGAUUGACAGCGACCCUCUCUAUCAGUUUUGUGCUCAGAAUACAGCAGUCUUGCGAGAUAUUUCACGCAGCACGCGUGCCAACGUCACCUUACAGAAAGCGGGAAAAAAGCAAGAUAUUUUUUUAUGACACAAUAUAAAUAUAGUUUUGUUGUAUAAGUAUAAUGUAUUCGAUUCUUUCGAACUUUUCUAAACAUGAAUUCUUUCGAAAUUCUGUGAACAUGAUGAACGGAACGAAUUGAUGUAGUGAAUCUAGAAAAACUAAAUCAACAAGAUGAACUCAGUGGUCUCCAACCUACAAAUACAACAAGUUGUUGAUAUGUUCUAAUAAAAGCGUCCUCUUCAUCAUCUCCGUCUCCCUCACCCUCUCCGGGAUCGACUACAUCGAUUACAGCUUCGGAAGUGCGAGUGCGAGGGCCGCGACCGAGUGUGAACCUAGCGUUGGAUGCCUUGAGUACGCAUUUCCUGUAUUUCAAAUUACAUCGGGAUAUGGCGCAGUGCAACGCUGAGCUUGCUGCUUGCAAGCAGGCGCUGAUGGCUGCUACACAAAUGGCGUGAGCGUGCGGAUGAAGAACGAGGAGGUGUCUCUUGGAGAACAGGAUAAUAAUGAUUGAGUGGAGUGGGACGAAGAACUUGCGUGCUGAUUGGAGUUGGACCAGGAAGAAGUAUCAGGUUGGACUUGGACACGCACCUUAGAUGAACAAUCAUAGCAACAUGGACAACUAAAGGUGCAACCUGGUGCUGGACCAGGUGGACGAGACGAAGCAGUGUCUGGUCCUAGAAGCAGGUGAAGUAGGUCGUCGAGAUGAAGCAUUUGGGACUGCGUCUCGACGUGGUAUAAUCAAGAAGAACUGCGGGAGCCUCGUGCUCAACACAUGAAGUAAUUCAUUAGAGGAAACGUGUCUGAACUACCUGAAGGUCAUUUGUUGACACAAGCAUGGAAUUCAAUUGAAACUUGGUCAUACAUGAUGAGUACUUGAUAUCUUAGAUGAAAAUUGAUAUACUAAAACAAGGAAAACCAUCAAACCCAG